CAUCAGCGGGGUUGUUGCUCCAUGUACUUCCGGCGCUCUGUUGUUGCUGUGUCAGUUCCUUGCUACGGUGUUCUUGCUAAUAAUAGUAGCUGCAACUCCCGUUACUUUGCUGUUGGAUUGCACACAAUGGCUUCUUCCGGUACAUACAAGCUAAGUUCUUCUGUUCCUGGCCACGAAAUUGAUGUAAGAGGACUUGCAACUGCUGUUUUCCCCGCCGGAGCCUUUGUGUCUGUAUCCAGAGACAGAACCGGCAAAGUCUGGGUGCCCAAUUCAAGUCCAGACAGGGGGUUUACAGAAAUGCACUGCAUAAGGGGUCAUAACAGUUUCGUGUCAUGCGUGUGCAUCAUCGCUCCCAACGACAGCUACCCACGAGGCCUCAUCGCCACAGGCGGAAACGAUCACAUCAUUUGUGUCUUUUCCCUGGACAGACCUGAUCCACUCUUUACACUCAAGGGCCACAAAAACACAGUGUGCAGUCUGUCUGCGGGGAAGUUCGGGACGCUCCUCAGCGGCUCCUGGGACACGACAGCCAAAGUAUGGCUAAACGACAAAUGCAUGAUGACCUUACAGGGCCACACAGCCGCCGUGUGGGCCGUGGUUAUUUUGCCCGAGCAAGGUCUUAUGCUAACAGGAUCUGCUGACAAGACGAUCAAACUGUGGAAGGCAGGCCGUUGUGAAAAGACAUUUGUUGGACAUGAGGACUGCGUCCGCGGCCUUGCGGUUGUCAACGACGGUGAGUUCUUCUCAUGCAGCAACGACGCCAGCAUCAGAAGGUGGAUGGUCUCGGGCGAGUGUCUGCAGGUCUGCUACGGCCAUACCAACUACAUCUACAGCCUGGCGGUGUUCCCCAACGGACAAGAUUUCGUGAGCACAGGAGAGGAUCGAACCGUGCGGAUAUGGAGGCGUGGAGAAUGCACCCAGACCAUCCGUCUUCCAGCUCAGUCCAUUUGGUGCUGUUGUGUUCUUCCCAAUGGUGACAUAGUGGUGGGAGCCAGUGACGGGACCAUCCGCGUGUUCACCGAGUCAGACGAGCGCGUCGCUGGCGCCGCCGACCUGCAAGCCUUCGAGGAUGAGCUGUCCAAGUCCAUCAUCGAUCCCAAGACUGGGGACCUUGGAGACAUCAAGGCGGAGGAUCUUCCCGGAAGAGAACACCUGAAUGAGCCAGGAAACCGGGAUGGUCAAACGCGGCUCAUUAAGGAUGAGGGCAAAGUGGAGGCGUACCAGUGGAGCAUGAGCGAGGGACGCUGGGUGAAGAUUGGGGAUGUAGUGGGGGGCUCGUCCCAGCAGAGUUCCAGCAGCAGGGUCAUGUACGAGGGGAAGGAAUACGACUUCGUCUUCACCAUCGACGUGAACGAGGGAGGACCCUCCAUGAAACUGCCCUACAACAUGACGGACGACCCCUGGCUGACUGCGCACAACUUCCUGCAGAAGAAUGACCUGAGUCCCAUGUUUUUGGACCAGGUGGCCAACUUUAUCAUCGAGAACACAAAGGGGCACACCCUGGGCCCGGCCCAGCCCGGCACCAUCGAUCCAUUCACCGGUUCAAAUCGAUAUAUUCCGGGGUCAUCUGAUAGCAGGACCGGGUUUGGGAUGGAUCCCUUUACCGGUUCUGGGCGCUAUAUUCCUGGGUCAGGCACUGCCCCAGCGGCCCCAGCAGCCCCAGUGGCCCCAGCAGGAGCAGCAGAUCCGUUUACAGGUGGCAGUGCCUACUCGUCUGCCGCCAACCAGCAAUCCUCCCCCAACAUCUACUUUCCCAAAACGGAUGCUGUCACGUUUGACCAAGGCAACACUACACAGAUAUUAGCCAAGCUGAAGGAGCUAAACUCCGGGACGUCCGGGGAUCAGCGGCUGUCAGAGCAUGCCGUCGCUCAGCUUGAGGCGCUGCUUCUGACGGUCUGUGACCAGCAAUCCAAGCAGCAGCCCACAGCAGAGCAGAUCGGCAUCCUGUGGAACACCACACACUGGCCUGAAGAUAUAGUCUUUCCUGUGUUGGACAUACUGCGCUUAGCAGUACGCCACCCAGUGGUUAAUGAGCACUUGUGCAGGGAGACGGACGGCAUCCAGUUCUGCAAUCACAUCCUCAGCCUGAUGGUGCCGCAGGGCCGGCCAGCCAACCAGAUGCUGGCCCUCAGGACACUGUGUAACUGCUUCUCGGGCUCCAUCGGCCGCGAACUCCUGAUGGCUCAGCGGGAGGCGAUCCUUUCCCGGGCCUGUGACCUGAGGACCGUCCGCAACAAGAACAUCCAUGUGGCCUUGGCCACACUGGUGCUCAACUACGCUGGCAGCCUUCACCAGAUCCAAGACCUGGAGGGAAAGGCGCAGUGCCUGUCUGUAGCUAGCGCCGCCCUUGAGGUGGUGCAGGACAAGGAGGCCAUCUUCCGACUACUAGUGGCACUGGGGACCACUGUCUCGAAUGACACCACAGCUGGGGAUCUGGCCCGGUCACUGGGGGUGCAGUCCCAGAUCGCCCAGUACACCUCCACCUCAGACCCGGCCAAGGUGGCCGAAUGCUGUAAAUUAGUUUUACACAAACUCCAGUGACCUUCUCCCUAGCCCCUACAAGCACCAUUUGUAUAUUUAACAGAAUCAAAUAUGAUGAUGAAUGUUUGACAUGUGCUGGAAUAAAACUGAUGUACAAAUUGAA